AUGAUGAAUAAUGGUGUAGAGAAUUUAACAGAUGUCUUGGAAUUCCACCUCCUGGCACUCUCAGAGGAUCCAGAACUGCAGCUUCUCCUCUUUGGAUUAUUCCUGUCAGUGUACCUGGUCACAGUGCUUGGGAACCUGCUCAUUAUCUUGGUCAUCAUCUUUGACUCACACCUCCAUACCCCCAUGUACUUUUUCCUGUCCAACUUAUCUUUCAUUGAUAUCUUUUUUAUCUCCACCACCAUCCCAAAGAUGAUUGUGGGCAUCAAAAUGCACAGCAGAGUCAUUUCCUAUGCAAGCUGCUUGACACAAAUGUCUCUUUUCCUAUUUUUUGUAUGUAUGGAUGAUAUGAUUCUAACUAUGAUGGCUUAUGACCGAUUUGUGGCCAUCUGUCAUCCUCUUCAUUACACUGUCAUUAUGAACCCUCAGGUCUGUGUUGUCUUAAUUUUGUUGUCUUUUUCAGUCAGUGUUUUUGAUUCCCAGCUGCACAACUUGAUUGCCUUACAGGUUACUUGCUUCAAGGAUGUGGAAAUAGAAAAUUUCUUCUGUCACCCUUCUCAACUCCUUAAUCUUGCUUGUACUAACACACUCAGCAGUAACAUAGUAAUAUAUUUUACUGGUGUUGUACUUGGCAUUUUUCCGGUCCUAGGAAUCAUUUUAUCAUACUGUAAAAUUGUUUUCUCCAUUCUAAAAAUCCCCUCCUCAAGUGGGAAAUAUAAAGCAUUCUCCACCUGUGGUUUUCAUCUGUCAAUAGUUUGCUUAUUUUAUGGAACUGGGAUUGGUGUGUACCUUGGGUCAGCUGUGUUACAUUCUCCAUGA